GACACCGCACCCGAAUGCCUUCGAAAAUUCAAAAAAAAAAAAUUUCAAAGUCUAUGUAUUGAAUUUCCGAUUCCCAAACAAUUGUGAAACGAUUAAUGUUUUACGUAAUUAAUGGUCGAUUAGUGUACUGUUCAAACUCGUAUAAUAGUGUCGGGCGUGCAAAUACUAUUUGGGUCUUAUUAAUAAAUAAAAGAGCCCAACAUUUCCUAAAUAGUGAUACAUGAUCCUUCAAGACAAUUUGAGGAAAGUCGGGCGGCCCAAACAUCAUUUUGGACCCAACCUGUUAAAAAAAUAGCAAGUAUUCGAGAAUGGCGUUCUAGACCCACUCGGGAGUGACCCACAUGGCUAGUAGCCCAAUAAUAUGUAUGACAAAUGUCACAUAAGUGAUAGAAUGAUUAAAGGAGAAUACAAAUGCCUAUAACCCCAUCUUUGGCAUUAUUGAGCUAAAUAAUGGGAGUAGGAUUUUCCUUCUAAAAUAUCCAUCAAGUAAAUUAUUGGGAUGAGCCUACACAUAUUGGAGAUCAAUAAUUUGAUUUAAUAAGUUGACUUGUUCUAAAUAAAUUAGGAUGAGUACAAAAAGGCAUCUUUGACAAAAGAUAAAACAAUAGGACCCAUCUUCCUAAUUUUGGAAGUAUUGGUAGAUGUUUUGGACCCCAAAUUGAUUGGGAUCACUUGGGGAGCACCCCACACCUUCUUGGCACCUGCAAAAUAAAGAGAAUGAGUUAAAAACCUUGGUUGGGGCGGACAAAAGGAGGGGGAGGCUGAACAUGACAUGUUUGUGAACCAAAUGGACCCUCUCCCCAUUUUUUUUUGAUUGAGGUAUCUUGCUCAAUCAUCCCACAUGCCAACCCACUCCUAUCCUUUGACUUUUGAGGCUAAGUUAAGGCCAAGAUAACACUUCCCCAGCUCCCAUUCGAACUCCCCAAGAUAAGAGAGAAGAAGAGAGCCACACAACCUAAAAGAGCAAGGAGAAAGCAAACUGCCCGCAGGUUUUUCCUCCAGUGCAAGGGUUACUUGUUUGCUUCAUAUCUCGAGUUAUACACAUCCAAAUAAGGCGUACGAGAUACCAACAGAAAGCUCUCAAGACGAGGAAUCCGUGAAGGUCUGGUUUGCAGCAAUCGGAGUAGUGGAAGGCUUCCAAAUUGACUGAGCAAAACACAACCUCGCAGGAAACGUUUUUGUAUUCAAAGAAUCGAGUUAGCCGGAAAACACCCGUUCUAGGGGCUGUUUUCGUAUCAACGAUUCGGGGUUGAAAUAGCAACUUGAGGAGGCUGUUUAGCACCCAUUUUCAAGCAAGGAACUAGUUCCCAAUCUUCCUUGGCCGAGGCUUUGGUCAUUGGAUCGAGAAGGAAGGUUUUAAAGCUCAUUUGAGGUUGAGGCUAGAGCUUGCUUCCUGUGCUCGUUGCUCGAGAGAUCAUCUAGGGGCGAAGACUUGGUUCGUGCUUCCUCCAUUCGGAUUUUAAACAUUAAUAAACAUGCUCAUGGAUAUUUUAUUAUAGAGCCUGCGUGCUCAUGAAUAGCCCUGUGUGGCCCUUUUGUUUUAAACAAUGUUUUCCGCUGCGUUAUGAAUUACUUAUUAUGUUUGUUUAUGGAUGACUUGUGUGUGAAUGAUAUUCAUGACGCCUUGUAUAAUAUGAAUGUGUUGGACUGCGGUUGACUAUUCGUAUUGUACGGCGGGUUGUCGACGUGUCCGGGGAGGUCCGGGGCGUGACAAUUAAGUUGGUAUCAGAGCCUUAGUCCAUAAACUUCAUAAUGAAGUCUCAAAAUUCUCUUUUUGAAAAGAUUUUGAAAACCAUGAGCAUAGAAGUUUUGUACUUGGAGAGCUUUUGGUACUUGGGUUGCAAGGUCUCUAAUUGUUAAGAUGGUACCCUUAGCAAUUGGUAUGGCGGUGACUCGAGCCAAAAUGUGUCUUAAGUACCUAUCCGUCAAUUGACAUUUGAUACGAGUCUAACGACUCUUUCCAAAAAUUCUUUCAGAAAUGGACGGUGGUGGCAGGGUUACGAGAAAGAACCUGAUGGGCCGUGCACCGGUAGCGACCGGGCAGGGAAGCCGUGGGGCCUCUAGAGUAUCUAGAGGGGCGAGCCGUGGAGGCCGAUCGCACACUGUGAGCGGUGGUCAUGUGGACACCGAGGAUGAAACCUAUUGGUCCUAUGAGGACUCGACUUACCAACCGGAAACCGAGCCGGUUGAGACCCCUUACGAAGGGGAUGACGAUGAUGUAAGUGAUGACGAGGAGGAAAAUAACUCCUUAACACGAAUCGAAGCGUUACUCCAACAGUAUCACCGUGAGCGUGAGGAAAGGAGGGAACGCCGAAGGCGCCGAGCUGGUCAACCUUCGGGUGGGGCUUCUGGAGUGAGAAGCCAUGCCGACUCUAGGACCCACAUCGAACCACAUGGGGGCCGAGGUGAUGGGGGUCCAACCAUAAGGAUCUCCAAGUACAUUAAGGAGGUAAGGGACUUGGGGUGCAAACCGUUCGAUGGGACGGGAGACAUCUCGAUUGCCGCUCAAUGGAUCAAGAGGUUGAAUGAGGCAGCUCUUGACAUGCAACUCACCCCCGAAUUUAAACUAAGGGUGGCGGUGAGACUGCUCGAAGGGAUGGCAUCCACAUGGUGGGACGGAGCCAAGGGAAAGUAUGGCAAUACCGUGACUUGGGAGAAUUUCCGACAGGAGUUCUUUGCCCAGUACUAUUCUGAUUUUGAGGUGAACGUCAAGAGGAGAGAGUAUACCCUCCUGACCCAAGGUGGCAAAAUGACGGUGAGGCAACUUGAACACAAAUUCAGGGGGCUCGCGGAGUUCAUACCGGAGUAUGUUUGUGACGAGAACCGGAUGGUAAAUCACUUCUGGGAUGCCUUGGACUUGGAGGUACGUGAGAGGGCAACACAGUUGCCUAACAUGACCUUUAGCCAAGUGGUCGAGCAAGGGUUGAAAGGGGAGAAACAAUGGGAGGAGAGGAAGAGGAGAGAUGCCGAAGAGGCGAAAAAGAGAAAGGGGGAGAGUCAUGGCCCUCAAGGUUCCAAUAAAAAGGGAAACCAUGGAGGAGGAUCUUUCCGAACACCACCGCCCCCACCUAGGGGGAACCAAGGCCCGAAUGGACAAGGAUCACGGACCUCGGGGGUAGCUCGGUGCAAUAAUUGCAAAAGGAGCCACUUUGGUAAGUGUCGUGACCCUCCUAGAUGCUUCCAAUGUGGGGAUGCCGGGCAUUUGAAGAUGAAUUGCCCACAAUUGGGUGGGGCAAGGUCAUCGGGACCAAGUAGCGGGGCUACGGGAAGUAGAAACCAAGCCGGGGGUUCCCAAGUAACCAGGGGGCAAGGGGGAGCAAGCGCGAGUAACGCGCCGUCCGUGAAUCAAGGAAGGACGCAAGCUAGAGUCUACGCAAUGACCGAGGCUGAUGCUCGGGCUAAUCCCGACUCCGUCGCAGGUAAUACACUUGUUCGGGUCAUUUCUAGGCUUAUUUUGAUCAUAUACGUCGUUGGGAUUAAGUACGGGCCACCCCGGGGUCAAACUGGGUGAGUUAGGCCGAAUCGGGCUGGAAACAGCCACUGCUGGCCAGGCACGCCCGAAGGCACGCCGUGCCUGGAAUCGUGCCUGGAAGGCAGUGGCACCCGAAGAGAAGAAAAAAAAAAAAAUUUUUUUGGCCAGGCACGGCCUCAGGCACGCCGUGCCUGGCGUCGUGCCUGGGAGGCAGUAGCGCCCAGGGCUUUUUCCCAAGCCAGGCACGACCGUGCCUACCCCAGGCACGCCGUGCCUGGCACCCAGAAUGCCGAAACCCGAUUUUUUCGCACCGUUUUGCGACAUUAAGACCUUUUCUUGAUCCCUAACACAUGUGUGAACAUAAUAAACCUCUCUAAAUGUGUAAGAAUGGUAGGAAAGGUAUCUUACAUGACUUAUAAAUGUAGGAACACUAAAGAUUAAUGGGAAGGAUGCGCGAAUCCUUAUCGAUACCGGGGCGCAACGUUCAUUUGUGAAUGAAGCGUUCGCCAAGAGGUUGGGAGUGCAAUCCGCACCAUUGAUGCAAACCUUAGUGGUGUCAACACCACUAGGGGAUGACGUGGAAAGAACUUGCCACUAUCCAUCGUGUGAGGUGGAAGUGGAGGGCCAAAACUUGUCGUGUGAUUUCGUGCCGCUGAGUAUGAUUGAGUUCGAUGCAAUCCUGGGUAUGGAUUGGUUUGAGAAGCAUCAUGCUAGGGUCGAUUGUUACACGAAAGUACUUGAACUCGAAGUCAAUGAAGGGGUAACCUUACGCUUCGAGGGGGAUAGGGCAAAAUCCAAUAGUUGCGUCAUAUCCGCUGUGAGGGCUAAGAACAUGAUGAGGAAGGGGUGUCAUGCAUAUCUAGCAUAUGUAGUGGACAAAACCAAAGAAGAGACGAGUAUUGAUGAUGUGAGGGUAGUAUGCAAGUAUCCGGACGUCUUUCCUAAAGACUUACCGGGACUUCCACCCGAUAGGGAGAUUGAGUUCGUGAUUGAGGUCGAGCCCGGCACCAAACCAAUCUCCAUACCGCCAUACCGUAUGGCACCCGCUGAACUUAACGAGUUAAAAACCCAAUUGCAAGAGCUUUUGGAUAACGGUUUCAUCAGACCAAGCCACUCCCCAUGGGGAGCACCGGUCCUUUUUGUGAAAAAGAAGGAUGGAACACUUCGAAUGUGCAUUGACUAUCGUCAACUGAACAAGGUCACAAUCAAGAAUAGGUAUCCCUUGCCUAGGAUUGAUGACUUGUUUGAUCAACUACAAGGAGCAACCGUGUUUUCAAAGAUUGACUUGAGGUCGGGGUACCAUCAAUUGAAGAUUAAGGAGGAUGACAUACCGAAGAGUGCUUUCCGCACGAGAUAUGGGCAUUUUGAGUUCCUUGUUAUGUCGUUUGGGUUAACAAACGCCCCGGCGGCAUUCAUGGACUUAAUGAACCGAGUAUUUCACAAAUACUUGGACCGAUUCGUGAUUGUGUUCAUUGAUGACAUCUUGAUCUACUCAAAGAGUGAGGAAGAGCAUGAGGAGCACUUGAUACUUGUUCUUGAGACACUACGGGAGAAGCAACUCUAUGCCAAAUUUUCUAAAUGUGAAUUUUGGCUUAAGGAGAUUGGCUUUCUCGGGCACGUGGUUUCAGGAUCGGGAAUUGCAGUUGAUAACAAGAAGAUAGAAGCCAUUACCGAAUGGGAGAGGCCAAAGAACGUCAAGGAAAUUCGUAGUUUCCUUGGAUUGGCAGGCUACUACAGAAAGUUUGUGGAGAAGUCCUCUGUUCUGGCAUCAUCAUUGACGAAGCUCACUCGUAAAGGAGCUAAGUUCGUGUGGGAGGACAAAUGUGAGAAGGGGUUCUUAGAAAUGAAGAAGAGGUUAACCGAGGCACCGGUACUUGCACUACCCAAACAGGGUAUGGGGCACGAUGUCUAUAGUGAUGCGAGCAUCCAAGGGGUUGGAUGUGUGUUGAUGCAGAUGGGAGGGGUAAUUGCCUAUGCUUCACGACAGUUGAAGAGGCAUGAGGUAAACUACCCUACUCAUGAUUUAGAGCUGGGAGCAGUGGUGUUUGCAUUGAAGAUAUGGGGACACUAUCUCUACGGGGAGACGUGUCACAUAUACACUGAUAAUAAGAGCUUGAAGUGUGUAUUUACUCAUAAAGAGUUAAACAUGAGACAGAGACGGUGGAUGGAGUUGAUAAAGGACUACCAUCAAGUUAUUAAGUACCAUCCAGGUAAGGAAAACGUUGUAGCAAAUGCCCUCAGUCAGAAGAGUUCGUCUGGGGCAUUGCUGACUAGUUUGAGGGCAUUGAGAGCCCAAUUAGAGGUAUCUAGCAAUGGUGCCUUAUUGGCAUGACUUGAGGGGAGACCGACCUUGCUUGAUGAGAUCAAGAAGGGUCAAGAAACUGACGAAGAACUUAUGAAGGUCCGGGAACACAUGUAAGCGGGACCGGUGGAGGAUUUCCGUAGGGGAGACGAUGAGGAAGCACUAUGCUAUCAUAUUUGAAUAGAGUGAGAAUUUCGGGGACGAAAUUCCUGUUAAGGGGGGGUGGACUUGUGACACCGCACCCGAAUGCCUUCGAAAAUUCAAAAAAAAAAAAUUUCAAAGUCUAUGUAUUGAAUUUCCGAUUCCCAAACAAUUGUGAAACGAUUAAUGUUUUACGUAAUUAAUGGUCGAUUAGUGUACUGUUCAAACUCGUAUAAUAGUGUCGGGCGUGCAAAUACUAUUUGGGUCUUAUUAAUAAAUAAAAGAGCCCAACAUUUCCUAAAUAGUGAUACAUGAUCCUUCAAGACAAUUUGAGGAAAGUCGGGCGGCCCAAACAUCAUUUUGGACCCAACCUGUUAAAAAAAUAGCAAGUAUUCGAGAAUGGCGUUCUAGACCCACUCGGGAGUGACCCACAUGGCUAGUAGCCCAAUAAUAUGUAUGACAAAUGUCACAUAAGUGAUAGAAUGAUUAAAGGAGAAUACAAAUGCCUAUAACCCCAUCUUUGGCAUUAUUGAGCUAAAUAAUGGGAGUAGGAUUUUCCUUCUAAAAUAUCCAUCAAGUAAAUUAUUGGGAUGAGCCUACACAUAUUGGAGAUCAAUAAUUUGAUUUAAUAAGUUGACUUGUUCUAAAUAAAUUAGGAUGAGUACAAAAAGGCAUCUUUGACAAAAGAUAAAACAAUAGGACCCAUCUUCCUAAUUUUGGAAGUAUUGGUAGAUGUUUUGGACCCCAAAUUGAUUGGGAUCACUUGGGGAGCACCCCACACCUUCUUGGCACCUGCAAAAUAAAGAGAAUGAGUUAAAAACCUUGGUUGGGGCGGACAAAAGGAGGGGGAGGCUGAACAUGACAUGUUUGUGAACCAAAUGGACCCUCUCCCCAUUUUUUUUUGAUUGAGGUAUCUUGCUCAAUCAUCCCACAUGCCAACCCACUCCUAUCCUUUGACUUUUGAGGCUAAGUUAAGGCCAAGAUAACACUUCCCCAGCUCCCAUUCGAACUCCCCAAGAUAAGAGAGAAGAAGAGAGCCACACAACCUAAAAGAGCAAGGAGAAAGCAAACUGCCCGCAGGUUUUUCCUCCAGUGCAAGGGUUACUUGUUUGCUUCAUAUCUCGAGUUAUACACAUCCAAAUAAGGCGUACGAGAUACCAACAGAAAGCUCUCAAGACGAGGAAUCCGUGAAGGUCUGGUUUGCAGCAAUCGGAGUAGUGGAAGGCUUCCAAAUUGACUGAGCAAAACACAACCUCGCAGGAAACGUUUUUGUAUUCAAAGAAUCGAGUUAGCCGGAAAACACCCGUUCUAGGGGCUGUUUUCGUAUCAACGAUUCGGGGUUGAAAUAGCAACUUGAGGAGGCUGUUUAGCACCCAUUUUCAAGCAAGGAACUAGUUCCCAAUCUUCCUUGGCCGAGGCUUUGGUCAUUGGAUCGAGAAGGAAGGUUUUAAAGCUCAUUUGAGGUUGAGGCUAGAGCUUGCUUCCUGUGCUCGUUGCUCGAGAGAUCAUCUAGGGGCGAAGACUUGGUUCGUGCUUCCUCCAUUCGGAUUUUAAACAUUAAUAAACAUGCUCAUGGAUAUUUUAUUAUAGAGCCUGCGUGCUCAUGAAUAGCCCUGUGUGGCCCUUUUGUUUUAAACAAUGUUUUCCGCUGCGUUAUGAAUUACUUAUUAUGUUUGUUUAUGGAUGACUUGUGUGUGAAUGAUAUUCAUGACGCCUUGUAUAAUAUGAAUGUGUUGGACUGCGGUUGACUAUUCGUAUUGUACGGCGGGUUGUCGACGUGUCCGGGGAGGUCCGGGGCGUGACAAUUUUGACUGAAGAUUUUCCAUCA